CUGGAGACCGAGAAGAGAAGAGGCUGGGAGAGUUACCCCGCCCGGACUCCUCGUUUUCUCCAGGAGACACACUGAGCCGAGACUCACUUCUUUUCUUUUCCUGAAUUUGAACCACCGUCUCCGUCGCCUCAUAGUCGAUACGCGGCGCCUAGGGCAAUGGACCCGUUUACGGAGAAACUGCUUGAAAGAACCCGUGCCAGGCGAGAGAAUCUCCAGAGAAAAAUGGCUGAGAGGCCCACGCCUGCGGCAAGGUCUAUGAUCCACGCUAAGAGAAUUAGAGAACCGCUUUCGGAAGCAGGCAACCAGCCGCCCCCCUCUGGUGGUGAAGAGAAGUCUGGUACAAAACCGUCACCAUCGAAAAAACGCUGUUCUGACAACACUGCAGAAGCAGUUUCUAACUUGGAAAAUACACAACCAGUGGAGUCAGUGUCUGCAAAACCUCGUUCUCCAAGUCCCGGGUCUCCUCAGGUGCAGACACAGGCACCAGCUACCGUCAGUGACGCUGCGCCGGCGCCAUCACUGCCACUGGUCGCAAAGACGCGGCUGAACUCCAGACCGGAAGAAGGUGCAGCCUCCUCGGUUAAAACACGCAUGCAGAAACUUGCAGAGCAGCGACGCUGUUGGGAGAACGCUGAUAUGACAGAUGAUAAACCCGAAAGCUCGCUGUUCUCACCAGUGCCAUCAGAGGAAAAGUCUGCCUCCCCUCCCAAACCACCCAUUUCAGAUGCCUCAGCAACUCCGAUUGGGAGAAGGGGCCGUCUGGCCAACCUUGCUGCAACUAUUUGCUCCUGGGAAGAUGAUGUAAAUCACUCAUCUGCAAAGCAGAACAGUGUACAAGAACAGCCUGGUACCACUUGUUUGUCCAAAUUUUCCACUGUAAGUGGAGCAUCUGCUAGGAUCAAUAGCAGCAGUGUUAAGCAAGAAGCUACAUGCUGUUCCCAAAGGGAUGGUGAUGCCUCUUUGAAUAAAGCCCCAUCCUCGAGGACUGUGGAUGCAUCUUUGAGUAAUACCUCCACUUCUAGCUCUGUGAAAGCUGCUUCUUCCCCACUGAAAUCUUCGGCUACAUCCAUCACUGAUGCUAAAAAAUGUGAAGUACAAAAUCCUGAACUACUUCAAAAAAAUCCUGCUAGUCCUCUGAAAACAGAGGUGUUGAAACCAAUUGUGAAGUCAACUGUAUCCCCAACAGUUCGGUCCAAGGAAGAACUAAAUACAGAAACUUGUCUACAAUCGCAUUCUAAAGACAAAUCUACAACACCAGGAGGAGCGGGAAUCAAGCCUUUUCUGGAACGCUUUGGGGAGCGUUGUCAAGAACACAGAAAACAAAGUCCAGCUCGUAGCACACCCCAAAGAACCCCCAUUAUCACCCCAAAUACAAAGGCCAUUCAAGAAAGAUUAUUCAAGCAAAACACAUCUUCAUCUACUACCAAUUUAGCACAACAGCUCAAGCAGGAACGUGAAAAAGAACUAGCAUGUCUUCGUGGGCGAUUUGACAAGGGCAGUUUAUGGAGUGCAGAAAAAGGAGAAAACUCAAGAGGCAAACAAGAAGAAACCAAAAAGAAAACUCACUGUCAGAACACUCCUCUCAAAAAAUCUGAAGUUGUUUCAGAUACUCCAUCACUUCCAGUAGCAGAAAAGGUGUUAGAAAAUCAGACACCACCAGAAACUUCCAGCACAGAACCUGCAGGUUCCACUGAAUGUGAAAUGACGAAGUCUAGCCCUUUGAAAAUAACACUGUUUCUAGAAGAGGAAAAGUCCUUAAAAGUAACAUCAGACCCAAAGAUUGAGCGGCAGACUGAAGUGGUACGUGAAAUUGAGAUGAGUGUGGAUGAUGAUGAUGAUAUCAAUAGUUCAAAAGUUAUUAAUGACAUCUUCAGUGAUGUCUUAGAGGAAGGUGAGCCAGAUGUGGAAAAGAGCCAAGAGAGAAAGGAUCAAGUAGAAGCAGAACGCAGUGAGGAACAGGAAGAUGCACUCAACAUCUCCUCAAUGUCUCUACUGAGUCCAUUAGCACAGACAGUUGGAGUGGUAAGUCCAGAGACUUUAGUUUCCUCACCUAGAUUAGAAUUAAAAGGCACCAGCAUAAGUGAUGAAAGUCCAAAGCCAGGAAAAUUCCAAAGAACCCGUGUCCCUCGAGCUGAGUCUCGUGAUAGCAUUGAUUCUGAAGAUCGUGAUCUCCUUUACAGCAUUGAUGCAUAUAGAUCCCAAAGAUUCAAAGAAACAGAACGUCCUUCAAUAAAGCAGGUGAUUGUUCGGAAGGAAGAUGUUACUUCAAAAUUGGACGAAAGAACAGCCUUUCCUGGUCAAGUUAAUAUCAAACAGAAAAUGCAGGAACUCAAUAAUGAAAUAAAUUUGCAACAGACAGUGAUUUAUCAAGCUAGCCAGGCUCUGAACUGCUGUGUUGAUGGAGAGCAUGGAAAAGGGUCUCUAGAAGAAGCUGAAGCAGAAAGACUUCUUCUAAUUGCAACCGAGAAGAGAACACUUUUGAUUGAUCAGUUGAAUAAAUUGAAGUGUGAAGGACCUCAGAGAAAGAAUAAGACUGGUCCCGUAUCCCAACGGGAAUUCGUCCCGUCCAAAGGAUCAGUUACCUUGUCAGAGAUUCGCUUGCCUCUAAAAGCAGAUUUUGUCUGCAGUACAGCCCAGAAACCAGAUGCAGCAAAUUAUUAUUACUUAAUUAUACUAAAAGCAGGAGCUGAAAAUAUGGUGGCCACACCUUUAGCAAGUACUUCAAACUCCCUUAAUGGAGAUGCUCUGGCAUUCACUACUGUGUUUACUCUGCAAGAUGUGUCCAAUGACUUUGAAAUUAAUGUUGAAGUAUACAGCUUGGUACAAAAGAAAGAUCCCUUAGGCCCUGAUAAGAAGAAAAAAACAUACAAGUCCAAGGCUGUUACUCCAAAGCGGCUCCUCACAUCUAUAACCACGAAAAGCAGCCUUCAUUCUUCAGUCAUGGCUAGUCCAGGUGGUCUCAAUGCUGUGCGCACCAGUAAUUUUGUCCUUGUUGGGUCUCACACACUGUCAUUAUCUUCAUUAGGAAACACUAAGUUUGCUCUGGACAAGGUACCCUUUUUAUCUCCUUUGGAAGGCCAUAUUUAUUUAAAAAUAAAGUGUCAAGUGAAUUCAAGCGUUGAAGAGAGAGGCUUUCUAACCAUAUUUGAAGAUGUUAGUGGUUUUGGUGCCUGGCAUCGACGAUGGUGUGUUCUUUCUGGAAACUGUAUCUCUUAUUGGACAUAUCCAGAUGAUGAGAAACGAAAGAGCCCAAUAGGAAGGAUAAAUUUGGCCAAUUGUACCAGUCAUCAGAUAGAACCAGUCAACAGAGAAUUUUGUGCAAGACGCAACACUUUUGAGUUAAUUACUGUCCGACCACAAAGAGAAGAUGACCGAGAGACUCUUGUCAGUCAAUGUAGAGAUACACUCUGUGUCACCAAGAACUGGCUGUCUGCAGAUACUAAAGAAGAGCGGGAUCUCUGGAUGCAAAAACUCAAUCAAGUUAUUGUUGAUAUUCGCCUCUGGCAACCUGACGCUUGCUACAAACCUAUUGGAAGGCUGUAAACUAUGGGACAUUUCCUUUUUUUGUGCUAUGUCAUAAAUGUAUCUUAAGAAAACACACUUAAGAACAUCAGAUUUCCUGAUUGCAUUCUAUGCUUUAAAUACAGAAGGGUACGUGCCAAUAUUCACUACAUAUUAUGCAGUAUUUAUAUAUUUUCUGUGUAAACCUUCAACCUUUUCUGUCACUCAUAAAUGAUUACAAGAAAAUUCAUUUUAGUUGAUUUUGCUGAAUCUUAAUUUAAAAGCCUCACUUUCCUAGAAAUUUAGUUAGUCAGUUAUUCAUGACAAACAAAAUUUUUUUUUUUUCAAAGUAAGAAGUUUUGAGUUGUCUUCUUGGAACUGUGGGUCCUGAAAUAGAAUGAUCUUCCAGAGUCGGAGACUGAAACCUUAGACUUUUGUGAUCACUUCUUUAGCCUCUGUACUCUUUUUUUUCUGAAGGUUAUGAUCAUUUACCGAUCAUGAUGUCUUGUUACUAGAGUGUUAAGAGACUUUACACAAACAUUUUACUAACGGAGGUGAGAACUUUUUCAAAUAGCAAAUGUGCAUUAGUUUAAAGCUUGAAGCUGCUUUCAAAAAAGAUAUAGACAUAGGGGAUAUUGAGUGAGAUUUGGAGUUAAAUAUUUUAUAAAAAAGAGUUAAUAAAUAAUCACAUAGUUUACAUAUACUCAGUUACUAUAUAUGCAGUGUGAUACACAUUUUCAUCAAGUUCAGGCUUUUUUAAAUAACUUUUUGCUAUAUAGCUUACAGAGCCCUCAAAUAUAUUUGGCGUGUUGGUUCUUUCUGCUCUUGUAACAAGAACGAAUGUAAAUUGAAGAGUCUUUAUAUGUAAAAAAGUAAACUUCUACCAAGCUGCUAUGAAACUAAUACUUUGCUUGCCAAAGUUCUUGUCUCUUUUUUUUGUUUUGUUCAUGCAUGACCAUGUCUAGAAACCUAUUUGAAAUCAUUUGAAAAGCAAUUAAGUCAUAUAUUACCUUUAAAAGCCUAAUAUCUUUCUUUUUAUAUAAAAUAUCAGAAAGCAUGGUCUCAACUUUAUAUACACUUUUAAUUUUCUUUUCUGACUUGUUGAGUUAUUGAUGACCUCAUUUAUAAACACUAAAUUCUGUCAACUCCUGUCAUUUUUUAUCUAUUCAAAUGUGUUUUUUCUUAUAUGUAUUAUAAAAAUAUAUUUUAUGACCUUUUACCCAAAUAAAUACUUAUA